GUGGACGCUUGUUUUGGUAUAUAAACGUUGGUACGUGUGUUUCCCAAGCAUUUCCAAAUUGUUUUAUCGAGGACGAGCGAGAGGUGAGCAAGUCGAGAGAGCAGUGAUCGUGUGUGUUAGUAGCAGAUAGAAAACAGUUUUGGUACGCAUACAUAUACACACACAGAGACGCAUGGUUUGGGCAGCACCGGCUUUUAUAGGUCAAACAUAUAAAACAAACACUGCUACUGCUGCUGCUGCUGCAUUCUAAAUCAAUUAUAUAAAAAGAUAGAGAGAGUGUGAGAGAUCUUCGUUGACUGACGUUAUUAUUGAAAGUUUUGUGGUGGCUUUGAUCCGCAAUCGAACGACGAUGAAAGAUGUGAUCGACGUGAUGGAGCUGCAGAAGGAGAAGCAGAGGGGAAAGCAGCAGCCUCUGGAUUACAGGAAAUUAGAGUUCAAUGGUGGCUUCACCCCGGCCAGAUUCAUCUUCGAGUGCGGCAUCAAGCUGAGGGCACAGCCGUUGACCAUUGCCACGGCAACGGUGCUCAUGCACAGGUUCUUCAAGGAGGUCGACCAGGCCAACUACGAUUGCUACCUGAUCGCCUCUUCCACCCUUUACUUGGCUGGGAAGAUCAAGGACGACAGUCUGAAGAUCCGGGACAUCAUCAACGUGUCGUACAGCACGUUGCACAGGAGCAACGGUCCAUUGGAGAUCGGCGACGAGUUCUGGAAUAUGCGAGACGCGAUCGUCCAAGCGGAGCUCCUCAUCAUGCGCAUCCUCAAGUUCGAGGUGACGAUCACGCAUCCGCACAAGUACCUGCUGCACUAUCUGCGCUCUCUGGAAGGCCUGCUGGGAAAGGAGCAGUGGAGCAAAUUCCCGAUCGCCAGAGGAUCGGCUGCUUUCCUCCAAGAUUUCCAUCACGAUCCCAGCAUCCUCGACUACGACCCGAAGCACAUCGCCGCCGCCUGCAUCACGCUCACCCUGCAGUGCUACGGGGUCAGCCUUCCGCUGAUGGAGGACACCGACGACGAGACGUGGUACACGGUGUUCGUGAAGGAUCUGCAGAGGGACAAACACUGGGAGAUCAUGGAGAAGAUCAUGGAGGUGUACACCAAGGACGAGGAAUUCUGACCGGAAUGUCCAACUACAUCCGACGACGAGGAUGUAGCAGCGUCACCAUCGGCAGAUCUGCAGCACCAGGUCCGUCGCAUCGAUGCGAUCGCGGAAAACGCAGUUGCUGCAGCCAACGACCACCACCACAUCAACAUGGACUUCAUCAAUUAAAACUUUCCUCCUCCUCUUUCUCUACAUAAUCUUACCUUAAUCGACUGCUUUCGGACGAUAUAUAUAUAUAUACAUAUAUAAAUAUUAUGAUA